AUUUUUCUAUAUUUUGUCCUGAAAACAAUUUGAAAAAGGUCAGCUUUCUCGUGUUCAAAGUUGAGCGGUACCAUUUUCAUGCACCUAUAGAUCGUCUGCUCCGAUGAAUCCUCUCUCCGCCGCCUGACGGCCUGAGAUCUCUCCGGCCACCACCGUUUUACUCGUAUUUCUUUAUUCAGCGUUAUCUCCAAUUCAAGUUGUCAUCCAGGAGUUCUUCCAGUAGCAUUUGCAUGUGUAUGUGCUUCUCAUGCUGCAAGCUUUCAGUGCAUGUUUUUGACUACGAAUGGAUGGAAAUGGUAAAAGCUCGAAAACAGGGGAGAUCAGCAUGACGGAGAACAAAAGCGGCGAAGUGGUCGUACCAAUUUCCGGCGAAGAGAAAUAUGUGAAACGCGCUACUUUUGGAGUAACGAGAGAUGCAAAACCAGGAGCAGUUAAUGAGUCACCUCAUAGAAAAUCUGUGGAUUCAUAUGUUAUUUCAAGCCCUAACAGCAAUUCGCCCAAAACCCCUAAUCCUGAAACGUUAUCCAGGCGAAGAACCAUAGCAAGAUCGAUCAAAUCCAAGCCCAAAUCAAGGUUUGGUGAACAACCAUUAAUUGAUCCCAAUAUGCUCGAUGAUAUGCCUGAACCAGCUGGCCAGAGCUCAAACUCGUCCAUGAGGAUAUCUGCUCGAUCCUCUUCUAGAAUAGCAGGCAAUACUACUGCUUCUCCAACUGGUACGACAACAAGAACUUCAUCCAUAACUCCAAAAACUCCAUUAAUGGCAUCACCUAAAGGUGCAGGGGCAGAAAAAGAUGAUGAUGAGGAUGAAGAAAUCUACAAGAAGGUUAAAAUACGAAGGCAAUUAAAGCUCAAGAGGGUGAAGACGAAAGUACUACUUCAAUGGGUACUACUUCUAUUGCUUGUGGGUUGUUUAAUUGCUAGCUUAAUGAUUCCCAAGUUGAAAAACUACAAGAUAUGGAGCGUGGAGUUAUGGAAAUGGUUUGUGCUUAUAAUUGUAAAGAUCUGUGGUAUGUUAGUCGUCAAUUGGCUGAUGCAAUUCAUAGUAUUGCUGAUAGAACUGAAUUUCUUGUUGAGGAACAAGGUGUUAUACUUUGUUCAUGGAUUAAAGAAGAGUGUUCAUGUAUGCCUUUGGUUGAUUGGAGUUCUUACUACAUGGAUAUGGUUGUUCAAUGGCAAUCAUGUCAAAAGAUCAAAAACUGCAACUAGGGUUUUGGAUUUCUUGACAUGGACUAUCGUUUCCUUACUCGUGGGUUCAGUCUUGUGGCUUCUCAAGACUUUAUUGAUAAAGAUUCUAGCAACAAAUUUCCACGUCAACAAUUUCUUUGAUAAAAUCCAAGAAUCAAUCUUUCUUCAGUAUGUUAUCCUAACCCUUUCAGGGCCUCCGAUUAUGGAAUCAUUAGAAAAUGUCGGGGGGAGUAAUAGUAAUAGUAAUAGUAAAAGUCAACUUAGUUUGAGUGUGAAGAAGAAGAAGAAUGGGAAAGAUUCAAAGACACAAAAAGGAGUGAUAGAUGUAAGUAAGCUUUAUCAAAUGAGGCGUGAAAAAGUGUCUCCAUGGACUAUGAAGAUAUUAGUUGACACAAUAUCAAACUCAGGGCUCUCAACUUUCUCUGGUGAACUUGAAGAAACUGCUUAUUAUAAUGGAGAUGAUUCAGGUGAAUCUACAGACAAAGAGAUUACUAAUGAAAUGGAAGCAAUUGCAGCUGCAUAUCAUAUCUUUAGAAAUGUUGCUCAACCUGGUUCUGAAUACAUUGAAGAUAUUGAUCUAAGGAGAUUCAUGAUCAGGGAAGAGGUGGACAUUGUGUUUCCAAUGAUUGAUGUAGCUGAAAAGGGGAAAAUCGAUAGAAAAACAUUAACAGAUUGGGUGGUGAAAGUUUACAAUGGGAGAAAAGCUUUAGCAUAUGCAUUAGAUGACACGAAAACAGCUGUAGAUGAAUUGAACAAGCUUAUUACAGCAAUCUUAAUUGUUGUAACCAUAAUUGUGUGGCUUCUUUUGACAGAAAUUGCUUCCACCAAAGUACUUGUCUUCCUCUCUUCACAGCUUGUUGUGGCUGCUUUUAUAUUUGGGAACACUUGCAAGACUGUUUUUGAAGCAAUUGUGUUUGUUUUCAUGAUGCAUCCGUUUGAUGUUGGAGAUCGUUGUGUUGUUGAUGGUGUUCAGAUGGUUGUUGAAGAGAUGAAUAUCUUAAAUACGGUGUUCUUGAGAUAUGAUAAUGAGAAGAUAUAUUAUCCAAAUUCGGUUUUGGCUACAAAGCCCAUUAGCAAUUUCUAUAGAAGCCCAGAUAUGGGUGAUAAGGUGGAAUUUUCUAUCGAUUUUGCAACACCCUUUGAGAAGAUCGGGAUAUUAAAAGACAUGAUAAAAAUAUAUUUGGAGAAGAAUUCUCAAUUAUGGCACCCCAAUCACAUUUUUAUUGUGAAUGAGAUUCAAAAUGUGAACAUGAUAAAAGUGGCCCUCAGUAUCAAUCAUACAAUGAACUUUCAAGACUAUGGUGAAAAAAGUAAGCGUAGAAGUGAACUGGUUUUAGAGUUGAAGAAAAUGUUUGAAGAGCUCAAGAUCAAAUGCCAUCUUCUUCCACAAGAAGUUCAUCUCAGGAAUCUGGAAGCACCAACUUAUUAAGCGCGUAUAUGAUUUGUUAAGGUACAAAUAUAUUUCUUAUGAAAUUUGUAUACUUGAAUUAUUUAUCUUACAUAUUCUUUUAAUAAAUUUGUAUACUUGUGAAAUGUAUUUAUGAUGUUGUAUGACUUGAGUAAAGUUUGAAAUUUUGCAUUGGGGAUAUUAAAUGAGAAUUAAGUUUAUUUUUCCAA